AUGGUGGUGAGGAAAGUAGGGAAGUACGAGGUGGGAAGGACUAUUGGAGAAGGGACAUUUGCGAAGGUGAAGUUUGCGCAGAAUACGGAGACGGGAGAGAGUGUCGCCAUGAAAGUCCUCGAUCGCUCCACCAUAAUAAAGCACAAGAUGGUCGAUCAGAUAAAGAGGGAGAUAUCCAUUAUGAAACGUGUUAGACAUCCGUGUGUUGUCCGGUUGCACGAGGUAAUAGCAAGCCGCACGAAGAUAUAUAUCAUAUUGGAAUUCAUCACAGGUGGUGAAUUGUUUGAUACAAUCGUGCAACAUGGGAGGCUUAGUGAAUCUGAGUCCAGAAGAUACUUUCAGCAGCUUAUUGAUGGAGUGGAUUAUUGCCACAGUAAGGGAGUUUAUCACAGAGAUUUAAAGCCUGAAAAUCUACUGCUUGAUUCUCAAGGAAAUCUGAAAAUCUCUGAUUUUGGUCUUAGUGCAUUUCCUGCUGAAGGAGUCAGUGUUUUGCGAACAACCUGUGGUACUCCUAAUUAUGUUGCACCGGAGGUUCUUAGUCAUAAAGGCUACAAUGGUGCUUUGGCGGAUAUUUGGUCAUGUGGGGUCAUCCUUUAUGUUUUGAUGGCUGGUUAUCUUCCAUUUGAUGAGAUUGAUCUGACUACUCUGUAUGGGAAGAUUGAGGGUGCAGAAUUUUCAUGCCCAUCCUGGUUCCCAGUUGGAGCAAAAUCUUUGAUCCAGAGAAUAUUAGACCCAAACCCUGAAACACGUAUUAGGAUUGAAGAUAUCAGAAAUGAUGAGUGGUUUAACAAGAAUUAUAACCCAGUCAGACUUCCUAUUGCUGAAGACGUUGAUUUGGAUGAUGUUAAUGCAGCUUUUGAUGAUCCAGAGGAAGAAGCACCUGAUCGGCAAUAUGGGAAUGAAGAUAUGGGACCUCUGGUUCUCAAUGCAUUCGACAUGAUUACCCUCUCUCAGGGCUUGAAUCUUUCAGCAUUGUUUGACCGCAGGAAGGAUUCACUGAAACAUCAAACACGUUUUGUUUCGCAAAGGCCAGCAAAAGUCGUCCUAUCAAGCAUGGAAGUUGUUGCACAGUCGAUGGGUUUCAAGACACAUAUUCGAAAUUAUAAGAUGAGAGUUGAAGGUCUUUCUGCGGAUAGGACUUCACAUUUCUCUGUAAUUAUGGAGAUCUUUGAAGUUGCUCCCGCAUUUAUCAUGGUUGACAUUCAGAAAGCAGCUGGAGAUGCUGAGGAAUAUCUCAAGUUCUACACGAACUUCUGUAACAAUCUUGAAGAUAUUAUUUGGAAGCCACGGGACGAGAGCAGCAAAACACGAAUCGGCAAGACAAAGAGCAGGCGUCGAUAA